CGAUGAUAUAAAAAAGAUGCAAAACGAUAAAAAUGUGUUUGUAUUGUAUGUAUAUGCGGCUCUUAGCUGAAGAAAAAAUCAUCAAUGUCGAAAUAUAAUCAUUAGUGAUACUUUCUCAACGGAUGAUAUAAUGUAAUAUUUGCUUUGCUUUGUAUGCAAAUAUAUAAUUUACUAAGAAGAUUAAAAAUAGGAUUUUAAAGAUCCUGUAGCAAUAUUCUAACCUAUAAACUGUGUAUUCUUAUAUGCAAAAUAACUUCUUCAAAUUGGAAGCACUUUAUAAAAAAAAUAUUUACAUGCUUGACAAGUGUAUAAGUGGAAUACUUUAUCAAUGACAAGAACAAUAUAAUAUUGAUUGUGUGUGUGUACAUGUUAUUCAAAUUCUGACAUUCUUUCAAGUCAAAUACACAAUACAUAUUAAUUGCAUCAAAAGCAAAUAGGAAAAUUUUAUAACCAUGGCUGCGGCAAGAGAAAAGCGUGCAAACGCUGGCAAUAAAAUGGCAAGAUUGUUAAAUGAGGAAGAGGAAGACGAUUUCUACAAAACUACGUAUGGUGGUUUUGAUGAAGUGGAGCAAGAUAAUGAUUACAUGGAAGAAGAUGAGGCAGAAGAUGAGGUAGAUUCAGAUUUUAGUAUUGACGAGAAUGAUGAGCCAGUUUCUGAUACUGAGCAAGAGGGGCCAAAAAAGAAACGUAGAUUAGUAACAAAAGCUUAUAAAGACCCUAAAUCUGCUACAUUGCAUACUCAAUCAACACCAAGAGAAAAGAAGAUUAGACAACCAAAACAAGAUAAAAUUUUUAUAGAUAGCAUAGAAAGAAAAUCAAUACGCCGUUCUACUGCGGCAAAGUCAGCAGCUACACAAAAACGUUUGCGUGAAAGAAAUCAAGAUCAAAGACGAAAGAUAAAAGUUAUAAGACAUAAUACAUGGAAACCAACACAGGAAGAAUUAUUAGAAGAAGCCUUACAAACAGAAGAAAUUAACAUGAAAUCGUUAGAAAAGUAUCAAAAAUUAGAAAGUGAAAAAAAGACUACUAGAUCAGUGAGAAAGACGCAUGUGGGAACAAUGAUUAAGUAUCAGUCAUUAUCUAUGCCAGUCAUGAUAUUAUCUGAGACAUAUGUAAAUGAAGAUGAAAAAAUCAAUGUCGAAUGUGAUGAUGAGAAAAAUGUAAAUAUAGUUUCUAAUAACACAGCUUCUGACGGCUCCCUAAAAGAAGGAAGUGGAACAGAAUCGAAAGCAGAUGGAAAAGAUAUUAAGGAGGAAUCUGUAGAUAUAACUCCUGCUUCCAUUAAAGAGAAAGAUAUUCAUGCUGAAGAAACUGGAACGUUUUAUGAACGUACAUUUAUUACUUUUGAAAACGAACAGUCGUACUUGGAUGUGUUUAAAAAAUCCACACAACAAAGACCUCCAUUGAAAGCUCUUUGUGCAAUUACGCGAUUGCCUGCCAAAUAUUUAGAUCCUAUGACACAGUUACCAUACAAAAAUGUACAGACCUUUCGACUGCUUCGAGAAGCAUAUUAUCAACAGUUAGAAGCUCGGAAUGAUCUUAACGAUACUUCUCAAAGUCCAGAAUUAUUGCGAUGGAUUGAAUGGCGACAGAAGAACCAUGCUAAUGCACAGAAAAAUACUAUUCGUCUGGAGCCAGCAUCCUUACCUGCACCUCCAUAGUCUUUCUUGCUUAAAUAUUCCAUAUUGAUAAGUUUUGCUACAUUUUUUGUUAAUAUAUACUCUAAUAAAUCAUUAAAGUAUUUAUUCCACAUUAAUACUUUUGUAUACAAUAUUCUUAUAAUAUCCAUUAAAAAAUGUAUAAGUAGCAAAAUGUAAUAAUGAUUAUUCUUGUUGAGAACUACAAAUAGAAGUAGUUUUCAUAUAUAUUAUAGCUUUAUGAUUUCAAGAAUAUUCUACACAUCAUAAGAUAAAAUAUUACAUUAUCUGAUAAUAAGUUAUAUUUCACAAGUUUUACCGCAACUUGCUAUUACAAAUAUCAGCUUUGUAAAAUAUAGAUUAUUAAAUAAUAGAUAUAGUAUAUACAUAUGAUACUUUAUUUUUUGUAAGGAGCAACAGUUCUAUCAUGUAAAUAUGUUGUUGUAAAAUGUAUUUUUACGAUGUAAAAAUAAUAAUUAUAAGCAUUUAUGGAUAUACGCACAUUACAAACAUUACUCUUAAAAGCAAAUUUGAUAUUUUAUUAAUAAAAUAACGAAAUACACAAA